AACAACAUGGCAGACGACAAUGGCUGAGGUGGUACGGCGGGCGGACCAAUAUUCUCCAAAAUCGAGCCCUCGCGGCUCCCGCUCGCCGGUUGUGUCUCGUCAGGACACAACCGGAACGCUUAAGACGACAAUUUCUCUCGGCAAGACUCCAGCCAUUGUUCACAGCGGUCCUUUCUAUCUCAUGAAAGAACCCCCAAAGAGUGAGCUCACCGGCGCCACAAGUCUGAUGGGAUCGUAUAACUUGGAGCACUCCUAUAACAAAUUCAGCGGCCGUAAGGUCAAGGACCAGCUCAGUGCUUUUUUGCCCAACCUGCCAGGCAACAUCGAUGCACCCGGCGAUCAAGACAACAGUUCACUACGUUCUAUCAUCGAAAAGCCACCCGUCGGUGGAAAGGAGCUAUUGGCCCUUACUGCCGCCCAACUGGUCGGGUUUAGGCUUCAUCCUGGACCGCUGCCCGAACAGUACCGAAUGAUGAGCCAGCAGCCACAACGAAAGAAACACAAGCACAAAAAGCACAAACACAAAAUGGGUGACACACCGAAUCACGAAUCUCAGCAGCAGGAAAAUGCCUCUGACGCCUCCCAUGAGAAGAAGCACAAGAAGCAGAAGCGGCACGACGAAGAGAAAGAAAGGAAGAAAAAGAAGAAGGAGAAGAAAAAGAAAAAAAAGCACAGUCCUGAAGCCACACCGGCCAACCCUGGCAACCCAGCACUUCCCAAUGGUUCCCAAAGGGUCAUCUAAAGGCUCACAAAUUCCGGCGCUUCGCCCAGCCAUGCCCGUUCACGCAUCAUAAUUGCUACCAUCAUCUCAGUCUCAGCAUGUAAACCUGUCAGAAAUAUAUAUACAGGGAGGAUGUGCUUUACGUAUAUUUCAUUGCACCAUCUUUUUUUAUUAUUUCACUUUUUUGUGCUGUUUCUGUUACAGCUAGCGCAGCUUACCAAUGAGCAUCUAAAAUUUUAGCUUUAUUUUUUCAUUGUAAUAAUUUUUACUUGAUAACAAAAUUUAUCAAGUAUUAGCAGCAUAGCUCUGGAUAAAAUAUGAGAGCUUGCCACGGAGUGAUGCUAGCACUUUCAUGCAUGCAGUCUGAAACACAUAGAGUACAUUUGCUACACAAUCCAGUGUCAUGUAGCUGCUGUGCUAGCACAUGAACUUCGAAAUAAAUAUGCUGAAUUGUGUCCCUGUGGU